AUGAGCAAGAGCUCAUCCCGCACGUCGAUGCGGGCUUUGGAGGCAAAGAUCGAGGAUCUGAAGCUGCAGGCGAAUGGCGAAGUACGCAAGUACUCGUUUUCCGGAGUGCCGGGUUCCAUGGAGAACCUGGAUGUUGUCGCCUUGUCGGGCGGUCGGUACUACUUUGCUGUACCGGAGCUCUUGCGAGAGAUUUGCAAGUCUCCUGCGUUCACCUUCGUUGCCCUCCCUGCUGCGGCCGCUUCGAUAAUUGGGCCAACCAUGGCGCGUUCACUGCCGGAGAGCUGUGUCGUGCCCAUCCUGCGCCGCCAUUUGCCAGGCGAGAAAGCCAGCCCUCUUCAGACUGCAAACAAAGCCGAAACCGCUGGUGACUUCCUCGAAUGGCUUGGAACCGCCGCCGCAGCCACGCUCAUCGUCUACUCCGACGGGUCGCAACUUCCAAACGGCGCCGUGGGAUUCGGCUUUGCAGUACACCGGGAUAAGCAAUCUCUAGUCCAAGGAUCGGGCCGCUUGGGUCCAUCCGAAGUCUUCGACGCUGAGGCAACCGGCGCCCUAGAGGGCCUCCGGGCCGCCCUCCGCCUGGGCGACACAACAAGCAACGUCGUGGUCUGUACCGACAAUCUUGCCGUAGCCAGCUGUCUGCGAGGCAACCCAGCCGACUCAUCGCAGGACAAGUUCACUAGGUUCCAAGAACUGGCGAGCUCGCACGGAAACGUGCACGUCCGCUGGAUACCAGGACACACCAACAUACCGGGCAAUGAGGAGGCUGACGGCCUUGCCAAGGCAGGCUGUUUGCAGGCCGAACCGCCAGGAGCCAUUCCAUCGCUGGCCUACCUGCGCCGACUUGCGAGGCAGCAAUCGAGCGACGCCUUCAAAGCUUGGUGGUCGACCGAAGCUCCAGAGUCAUACAAGCCUCUGAACCUCGAGGCGACCACAAGCUGCCCCCCGGAGCUGGCGCUCCCCAGAGCAACGCUCCACAGUCUCCUAGCGGCGAGAUCUCGCCACGGAGACUUCGCCGACUACCACGAGCGUUUCAACCAUGACGACGCGCGCCUCGAUUGCUCAUGCGGACGACGCAAAGCACCAGAGCACCCAUUCUACUGCAGGAAGAUACCGCCACGGCUCCGGAUGAGGCUGACCCCCUCACCGGCCGAAGCGGUACACCAUGCAGUAGGCAAGGGCUUCAAAGCCUUCGUCGAAAUGACGUCGGAGAGCUCCUUCUUCCAAAGGAUCUGUCCGCGCCAUUAG